AUGGCGGCUCUGGACAUUUGUGACCCGGAACACCCCGACCACGAGGCUGCUCGAACUUCCCUGAUCCGAAAGGUCGACUUGCAUGUCUUACCAGGAUUAUCACUCCUCUGGCUGGCUUGCUUCAUUGAUCGUACAAACAUCGGGAAUGCCAAAGUUGGCGGGAUGGAUCACUCGCUCGGCCUACAUGGAAACCAAUACAACGUCGGUUUGGCCGUCUUUUACAUAACCUACAUCUUAUCGGAAUUGCCCUCUAAUUACAUGUUGAGAAUCUUGGGAGGAAAAAUUUGGCUGCCUUUCUUGGUUGCAAGCUGGGGGGUCAUCACUAUUUUUUCUGGCUUCAUGAAGAAUUACGCUUCUCUCAUCGUAGUUAGACUUCUUCUAGGCCUGUUCGAGGGAGGUUUAUUACCGGGAAUGGUUGUAUAUCUGUCGACGAUGUAUAAGAGGAAUGAACUACAACUUCGCGUGGGAAUUUUCUUCGCCUCUGCGUCCCUCAGUGGAGCAUUUGGGGGUCUUUUGGCCUACGGAAUCGAAAUGAUGGAAGGGGUCUCCAGACAAAAGGGUUGGCAGUGGGUAUUUUUUCUGGAAGGGAUUGGAACGGUUUUGAUCGCAGCAUUUGCUCUAUAUUACCUCCCAAGCAGCUUGGAAAAAGCCUCGUUCUUAACUCCUGAGGAGCGGGAGUUUGCUGUGGCUAGGCUGAAAUUCGUCCCAAAGCUGAAUCAGCCAGCGUUAGCUCUAGAGGGCCAAGAGGGCUCUAUAUCGUCAGGAGAUCAACCGGAAGCUACACUUGAUGACAAGACCGCGCCCACUCCUCGCGAUCCAACAAAGUUCGAGCAGGAGAAGGCGCUGCCCUUGUUGAACACAGAUGGCGGCCAGGACACUGCGCCAGUAGAAAAAUUUGAAAUGUAUGAGGUUAUCCGAGCCUUUAAAGAGCCUCAAGUGUGGCUAACCGGGAUCGGCUACAUGUCGCUCUGCGUCGGACUCUAUUCCUAUAGUCUUUUCCUGCCAUCAAUUGUGGCAGGAAUGGGUUUCCAUGGCACCCAGGCACAACUUUAUUCAUCCUUUCCAUAUCUUCCGGCUUCCGGCUUGGUUGUGGCUGUAGCGUUUGUCGCUGACAAGCUUCAGUUGAGAGGCCCGAUGGUUAUCAUGCUGCUACCACUGACAAUUAUUGGAUAUAUCUUGGGCCUUGUCGCCACUACCAACACUGUUCGCUAUGUGGGAGUGUUCUUCAUGGCAGCAGGGAUAUAUCCUUCGGUCCCUUCGAUCCUUUGUAUCCUUCCGAAUAACACCGCAGGUCUCACCAAACGAAGCGUCACUACGGCACUACAAUUGAUGAUUGCCAAUUGUGCUGGUUUCAUUGCUACCUUCAUAUACACAGCCGACCAAGCCCCGCAGUACAAGAAAGGACAUUCCAUCGCGCUUGCUUUCACCUGUUUGGCUUGGGUGAUGUUAGGAUCAAACUCGCUUUACUGCGCAUGGGAAAACAAAGCAAGGGCUGCCGGCCGGAGAGACUCAAAUAUCAAAAAGUACCAGACAUUGGUCGAAGCGGGCAAAACUUCCGCCCCAAUUGGUGAUCGGGCACCCAAUUUCAAACUGACACUUUAA